CGAUGACCGAGCUCGACUGGGCCUGCCUCGAGAGCCGGUACGUCAAGCGGCUGCUGACGUCACUGUGCUUCAAGUACCCCCGGCACGGGGCGGCGUACUGGAAGGUCCCCGGAGAUUGCGGAUGGGGGUGGUUAGAGCGGGUUAGGGGCUGGGUUAGCGAAGCGCGCGCUAACCUGCCGGAGGAAGUCGAAGACGCGCCCGCUCCCGAGCCGGUUGCCAGAGGUGGCGGGCGCCGCGCACGCAUCGACUGGUCGGAUGACGACGAUGGUGACGUUAUCAGGAGGCCGCGAGCGGUCACGAUGGAAGAAGGCGGUGUGGGUUCGGACGGAGAAGGGUUAGGCGCGCCGCCGAAAAGGAAAAGGUUGGUUAAGAAGGGCGAGGAAAGUGGGGGAGAGGAAGCGCGAGUGCGAGCGAAGCCGGAAGCGAGGCUCGCAAAGGAAAAGCGGAAAGAAGAAAAGCGGUUGGAGAAAGCGAGGAGGCGCGCGCAGUUGAUGACAGAGGGCGGAGGUGGCGCGCGAGCGCGCGCGCCGAGGAAGGAGCGCACGGGUCCGGUUAAGAAGCGAGUUAGGCGGGAGGUUCCGGAGCUGGAGCCGGACAGUGAGGUGGACAUGGACGACAUCAACGCGUUUUUGGCGAAGGAGGCGGACGGGAGGCGAGUUAGGGAGGAGGAAAACCAGGUUAAGGAGGAGUUAGCGGAGAAGGAGAUGCAAGAGCGGAUUGCGCGUGGGGAGGAAGUGGAGGAGGUUCCUAAGGGGAAGAAGAAAGGGGCGGCGGCAAAGAAAGCGGUGCCGAGGAAACGUGCGGCGCCGAAGAGGAAGGCACCGGCGAAGAAGAAAGGGACGACGCCGGACUUCAUUAUUGAUGAGAACGUAAGCGACAGUGAUUCGGACGGCGAGGUGGCCCCGGUGGAUGAGGAGCGUCCGGAAGAGAGUCUGGCGGAAAGCGGUGGGGAAGCGGAAACAGCGAAAGGCAGGAAGCGGAAGCGUGGGGUUGCGAGGAAGGAGGCGCCCGCGAAGAAGUCGGCGAGAGGCAGGGCAGCCAAGAAGCAGGUAGCGGAUGAGGAUUCGGACGCUGAUGAUAGCGUUCCGGACGCCGAAAAGGACGACACGAAUGCAGUAUCGGACGGUUCGGACGCCGAGGAAAGCGACUCGGGUGCCGAGGGAGACCGUUCGGACGUUGAAGAAGGCCGUUCGGACGCUGGAGAACCGGGCUCGGACGGAGAAUCUAAUGCGGAGAGCGAGGAGGUGGCUCCUACGAAGAAGGCUCCCAGCGAAAGGGGGAAAGCUGGCGGUAAAACUGGGGCAGCACAGAAGAGGUCAGGGGCUGUGAAGCACAAACCGGUUCCGAAGCGGAAAGCCGCUCCGAAGCGGAAGCCCGCUCCGGCGAAAAGGAAGAAGGCUGCACGACAGAGCGGGGACGAUGACGUCAGCGGGGGCCCCGGGUCCGACUCCGACGCGGACGGGCACGUGUCUCCCGUCCGGAAGGGCAGGCGCGGUGCGAAAGGCGUGUCGGCAAAGGGCAAGAAGAAGGCGGGUACGCGUCACAAAACGGAUGACGUCAUUGCCGAGGCGGACAGCGGGGAUGACGUCAGCGCGGACGGGAGGGGCAGCGGAGGCUCCGGCAGUGACAGCGGCAGCUCGAGCAGCAGCGAGAGUGGGAGCGGAUCCGGUUCCGGCAGCGAGAGCAGAUCCGAUUCCGGCAGUGGGUCUGGCAGCGGAUCUGAUUCGGAUAGCGAGUCUGGGUCUAGCAGCUCGUCCAGCGAGAGUGAGGUGGACGAGACAAGGCCCGGGAAGAAUGCAGGCGGGGCUGCCAAAACGGAAGGCCCUGUUGCGGCGGACGGUGCGGGCGAGACAGGGCCUGGGAAGGAGGCAGGCGUGGCUGCCAAAAACGGAGGCCCUGCUGGGGCGGAGGGCACACAGGAAGAAUCUACGAGGAAGGCGAAGGGAAAAGGGGCUGCGGUUCAAGCGAGAAAGCGCAAGGACCGUUCGGAGAGCGAAAGUGGCAGCUCGAGUUCGAGUAGCAGCAGUGACGGGAGCUCGAGCAGUGGCGAGAGCGAUGGGAGCGCGCGCAAAACAGGGCCUCGCGCCGCGGGUGGAAAAGCAGGCAAUAAGAGAGGCCCUGUUGAGAAGAGGGCGAAGGACAGCGAGAGUGACAGUGAGAGCGGGUCGAGUGGCAGCGGUGGAGAGGAGUCUGAGGACACGAGGCCUUCAAAAUUAGCCGGAAAAGGGGGCAAGAAGAAAGGCCAUGUGAAGAGAAAGGGGAAGGAAGAUGUUCCUUCCGCCAGUGACAGUGACAGUGCCAGCAGUGGGGAAGAUGCUAAGAGGACAAGGCCUCCGAAAAAGGCGGGCAAGGCGGGCAAGAAGGAGGGCCCUGUGAAAAGGAAGGCGAAGCGGAGCGACGUUUCUGGCAGUGACGAGAGCGGAAGCGGGGGUGAGGGGCGGGUGGGGGCAGGGAAGGGGGCCAACACCAAGGGAAAGAAAGGAGGCAAAAGAAUGCCGCCCAAGAAAGGAAAGAGGCCGGUAGUGCGCGCGCCCAAUGAUGUUCAAUAG